GGUGUUGCCAUACACUUGAAAUGAAAACGAAGUUCGCACGCAGGGAUGUUCAGUGGAAGGUUCAUUGUAAAACUGCAGUAUUUUUUAGUGUAAUUUAAAGUUGAGAAAUAAUUUUGAAAAUAAAAACAUACAACUAAUUUAAACUUAAAAACGCGUUAUAAGCGAAAUAAAUUCGGCAAUGAAGGAUAGCCUACCCUUUAAAACUGUUAAACAGCUCUUUACUUGGUAAUUAUCUACUUUGUGGAGCACAUGGAAAAAUUUAAAAAAAAUAAGUCGAGGAGGUGUCAAUCGAUGUGUAUUGGACCCAGUAUUAAUAAUCUAAAAAAAAUCGCUCUAUCAAAUUAUGCUAGUGCAUUGAGGAGGUAAACAACAAUAUCAAAAUACUAGCCAACAACUAGCAGACAAGAGACAUAAGUAGUUUCUAUCGUGAGGCAGACGAUAGCGCAAGACAGCAGCGUGUAAUAGUAGAGGUGAGUGCGUUGAUUGUUGGAGCUCUGAUGAGUGGUAAAGUAAAUCGCUACAACAGUUCUCUACCACACAAUCGAAACGCAGAAAAGAGUUCCAAAAGCUAUUGAACAGAGAGGUGAGAAAGCACGGUCUUAACGACAGCAGUGCAGUAGUAGCAAGUGAAAAGCUUGCGGGCCAGAGCGUGUACGAGAGCGUUUUAGCGCGACGAGAGUGUGUUGUUGACGUGUGUGUAAGUAAAGAGACUCAAAAUUGAUAAAAACAACAGGAAGGCUGCUGCAACUGGUACCUCUUCCGAGGACCAGCCGCCGCGCAAAAAAGGACGACGUUCAGCAGGAGGAUCAACAGCAGCAGCCGCAGCAGGAGCUUCAAUAACGACGACCGGAACAGCAGCAGCAGCAGUAGAACCUAGCAGCAGUAGUCUCAGUACGAGUGUGUCUAUUGACGCAGAAGCAGCGUCGACUUCACGAGCGGCACAACAGCAGCGACUGAAUCAAAAUCAAAAUACCCGUGAGAAGCAAAUCGAAGGUGAACCAAACAGUAGUAAUUGCAUAAACACCGAAAAAAUCGAGAAUAUACAAGAAAAUACAACAAGAAACUCCCCAAUUAGCAGUGAUAGUGUUGUGGGCGCCGUCUGUGGCGCAGACGCUGAGCGUAAUAUUGAAGAAAUUGAACAAAGUACUAAUUGUAAUAGUGGUAAAGUAACAACGAAAAUGCAAAACUCGGCAUUGAAUCCUGCAUCAUCGAGCGCGUCAUCGUCGGGUUCGAAUUCGGGCAUGGGUUCCGCGUCAGUGUCCGCAUCUGGUGUCGCUUCGGUUGGCAACUCAUCGUCAGCUAAUUCGGCAGCUGAUGGUGUUGGCGGUGGUGGUAGUACACCUGGACCUGCUGGGGAUUCGCAGGCUAUGGCGCCUAAUUCGGUAAAUAUAUCGACGUCGAACGGACACGACACAAAACACAAUGGAUUUACAGGCACCAAUGAGAGUGAUAAUGCGGAUGCACAAAACAAUCACGAUCAAUCGAUCGUGGCGGUCGCCAAUCACAAUUUUCGCUUGGAUAAGGCCAACCAAGAGAUUAUACGAUUGAUUGGUCAAUACUUACAAGACAUUGGCUUGGACAAAUCGGUGAAGACUCUAAUGACUGAAUCGGGAUGCUAUUUGGAGCAUCCAGCUGCAUCGAAGUUCAGAGAGCAUGUCCUGUCAGGCGAGUGGGGAAAAGCAGAUGCUGACUUGAAGGAGCUUGAACCACUCAUUGACAAUGGAAAACAGUCGACUAUCAUAGAAAUGAAGUUUUUAUUAUUAGAGCAAAAGUACUUGGAAUUCUUGGACGAUGGUUGUCCAUUGGAUGCUUUGCAUGUGUUGCGCAAUGAACUUACACCGCUACAACACAACACAUCGCGUGUUCAUCAACUUUCCUCAUAUAUGAUGUGUUCGAAUAACCACGAUCUCUAUCAACGCGCGAAAUGGGAGGGCAAGGGCAUAUUGUCGCGCGCUGUGGUCAUGGACCGAUUACAGGGAUUUCUGCCACCAUCGGUUAUGAUGCCGCCACGUCGUUUACGCCACCUACUGCAUCAGGCUGUUGAGUUACAGUCCGAGCAUUGCGAAUUUCACGACAUGGCCUUUAAAACGAAUUUACAGAGCGUAUCCUUGCUCAGCGAUCACAACUGCGACACCGAUGGCUUUCCCAUGCAGACUAUACAAGUACUCACCGAUCACUGUGAUGAAGUUUGGUAUUGUAAAUUCUCGCCAGAUGGCUUGAAACUCGCCACAGGAAGUAAAGAUUCCUCAGUUAUAUUAUGGGAUGUGGAUCCUUAUAAAUUAACGCUGAAACAUCGUCGCAUGUUAGAGGGGCAAUCCUCUAUAAGUGUGGCUUUUGUUAGCUGGAGUCCAGAUUCUAAGCUGUUGUUGGUGGGAGGGCCCGAUGAUACGUCCGAAAUUUGCAUAUGGAAUACAGAUGAUGGCAAACUGGUACUAAAAAUGUCGCAAUCGGUGGAUGAUAGUCUAUCGUGUGGUGCUUUCAAUCGCGAUGGUACACGUUUCGUUUGCGGUGGCCAAAAGGGACAGUUCUAUUUGUGCGACUUGAGUGGUACGAUUCUUAAUACGUGGGAAGGCGUGCGCAUCAAUAGCGUUGCAUACCGAGCCGACAAUAAAACUAUCAUAGCAUCCGAUAAUCAUUAUCGUAUCAGAGGCUACAAUUUCGAUGAUCCGGGUACAGACUUCGACAUACUCAAGGAACCGCAUCCGAUCAUGACCUUCACCGUGAACUCCGCCGAUCGUCUAGCGUUGCUCAAUAUUUCCAGCCAAGGACUGCAUCUAUGGGACUUGGAGGACAAGUGCCUUGUACGUCGGUUUCAGGGCAUACGUCAAAGCAAAUUUGCCAUACACUCUUGUUUUGGAGGAGUAAAUGAGAGUUUUGUGGCGAGCGGUAGCGAAGAUAAAUUGGUUUGUAUUUGGCAUAUACGACGCGAAGAGCCAUUGGGAAAGUUAGCAGGCCACACAAAAACUGUGAAUUGUGUUUCCUGGAAUCCUGUGUAUCCGUCCCUAUUAGCAUCGGCCAGUGACGAUGCCACCGUACGCAUAUGGGGUCCGAAAUCGCACAGUGCGAAUGCAACACCCGAGAGUGAUGACUGCUCAUCCUGUUCAUCGUCAUCAUCAUGGAAUAUGACAUCGUAAUUUACCACACACAUAUACACACUUCAUAACAGCGAUAAUCAAUAGAGAGGCAUACCGUUUUUGCCGCCAUAUCUAAGUUGACAAAAGAACUAAAGAACUACAAUUAGCAAUAUUACAAUAGUAAUAGCAACAAACUUCAAUCAAUAAAUAAUAUGACAAAAAAUGGAAACAUAGCGAAAGGUUGAAGCCGAUAAGAAACCUAAUACAAUAUUAUAUUCAAGAAGUGGAGUUUUAAAUAAAAACAGCAACAAUUAUAAUAUACUAUAUAAAUAAUGGUAAGAAAGAAAGAAAAGGAUAUUUGAAAUGUGACGUUAAAAGUGUUGUAUUAGAUGCCAACAAGGCGAUGCACCUUUCAACAUUGCGUUCGAAAGAAAAAUUAAGCUAUACAAACUGUCUUUCGCGUUUGCCUAAAGAACAGCUGAUAAACGGAAUUAGAAUGUAAGCGAGACAACACAGCAACAAUAAUAUUUAUGAUCCCAAUUAUCAUUGCAGAUCUUAGCUAUCUAGGUGUAAUGACCACAAGAAAAAUACAAAAAUGCAUAAUUAUACCAUUAUAUGUUAAAUGCUGUUAAAGAGAACCACACAACAAUAAACAAAUUAACAUGAAAAAUAUGAGCAUAAAAGCAAAAACAAAAGAAAAUCACUCAACUGAAGAAAAAAAUUACCGAGUAAAAGUAAAAUUAGUUAUAGCAAUUAAACUGAACGUUUAUAUCAUAAUGUAUUAAAUAAGCGUUAAUAAUAUUAAUUAUAACGAUAAUGAUAAUAAUAUAAUGAGCACUGCAACGGGAGAACAGAAAUUUUGUAGUGGCGCACAUAUACUGAGGCAUACAUAUAGCGUAAACUGCUUAAUCUAAUUGAUGUUUUUUUUAAUUAUAAUACUUAUAUAUAGCUUCAUUUGUGAAUCCAAAUCCAGACGCACAUUACAAAGUAGAGUAGAAGCGCAGCCAAAAGAAUGUACAUGCCAAUUGUAACGUCAUUUGAAUGCUAAUGCUAAAUUAAAGCGCUGCUUGUAAUAUUCUCCGCAUUUGUGUACAAUAAAAUAAACUAUUUAUGCUUUUACUUAAAGCCGCUAGGCUAGCCGAAAAGCUAGGCAAAUAUAGAAAAAUAAACGUUUACAUUUUUGAAUUAAAAAAUAAAACAGAACCGUGUGGCAGUUAUCAAAUUUUAAUGGAAAAUUUUGUUUUUAACUGACUUGUCGAGCUCGAGAGCCCCUAUUCGUUUUUAUAAUGAAUGGUUUUUGCACAAACAAGCCAUACCGGGAUAUGAGCAAAUUAAAUUCUAAAUUUAACAAUUUAAAAGUUUCGUUCCCAAGUAUGUGGUGACACUUUAGACCAUAAGUAAUGUACUUUUUGCAAUAUAGCAGGGAGCUGCUACCGCGGCGUUUUCUAAUAAACUCCAUAACCAAAAUAUCGUUUAUUCAGUAGUGCAUAAAAAUCACGGUUGUUGUUGUUGUAGCAGCAUAAACAUUCCCCAUACAUAUACGAGUAUAUGGGGAAUGCUGCUGAUGUGACAGCCCUUGAAUAAAUAUAGAUCCGGGUCGUUCCGAUAUCGUAGAACCGACUGUCGUGGGAACGCAUAAAAAUCACUCUUUCUUAAUGCUGAAAAGUAAUCGUUUCAUUAAUAAUACUUUGUAAAAUUCGUAUGCCCCUUAUAUGUGCGCCACUCUAUUCGACUGUGCUACUUUCCCCUUUUAGUUAUUUAAUUAUUAUCUAUAAUAUUAGCUGUGUUUUAUUUUUUACUCGCAUAGGUUUCUGCGUCUAAAUUUUGUAUGGGGUGUUCAGCGCAUAGUUUUAUCGCAGAUACAAUUGCUCGUAAAAAAAACACAGCUAUUAGUAAUGUUCUUAAGGCAAUAUAUACAUAUACGAAAAUUGCAUAUACAUACAUAUGUACAUAUGUAUAACUACAUAAACGAAUCACACAAAAAAUGGUAAGCAAUAUAAGCAUGGAGAGCCAACGACCACAACCUAAAUAAAAAUACCAAGUAGCAUAGAUUAUAGACAGCCUAAGAAUGUAAUAAAUUAAUAGCAAAGAUUUCAUGCACCCAACAAAAAAACGAAUACAUAAUAAAUCAAAAAGGACUUGGAACCUAAAUACAUUCAUGCAGUAAAGUAAAACAGUUUUAAUUUGUAAGCGAUUUUACGUAUAUGGGAAUAUGCAUACGUACGUACACACAUACAUAAAUAUACAUAUAAAGAAAAUUUUUAAUUACGUAACUAAGCGAAUGAUAAUAAAUUAAUUUUAUGUAAUACA